AUGUCGAAACGCAUGCAGAACUUGAUCAUGGAGAUUCUCCAAGCGCAGCCAUCGCUCAGGGACUCCAAGACGUAUCUCAACAGCUUUGCACCGCGAAAACCACCUCCACGCCAACCUCAGCCAACUCAAUCCAAGCCUCCUUCGUCCGAUCGUACCGAUACCAUCGCAUCGUCAUCAUCAUCGUCGUCGUCGUCCGCACAGCUCAACCCUCCCACCGAGUUUCCGAUACCACCCAACAUCGCGCGUCCAGGAAGCUUGCAUAACCCCUCAACCACCACCUGGGAUCCGCAGCACUCAAUAUCGCUCGAGAAUGAUCCUCAUGCUACCACUGCUACCGAAACGGCUCCGCUGAAACUACCCAAGGCUAUCCUCGACAGUUUGCACGAACAAAAGCAGCGCACCACCUCUGACACUUUAUCCGUCCGCAUCUCGGAUCCCAUCCUCCCGACAACAUCUGCUUCGCCCAACGCAACGCCAAAAGAGACCUCCACUGUCGCCAUCCCACAGGUCACGCCGGUAUCAGAUGCACUGGCCGACUCGCACACUGCGCUGGUCAAGGUGCAAGGCCCGUUUACCGACCGUCAGCUCGAUUCGAUCGCCGAAGGUCUCGUAUACCUCAAGCGUCUCGGUCUCGUCAGCGUCGUCGUAGUCGACCAGGACGACUGGCCAGAGAUCUCGGCUGACAUCGACCACGAUGGUCAACUUGUGACCGGAACGGAUGAGCUCGAAGAGCAACGCAUGGGUGACUGGCUCGCCGCUCAUCCUAGCCCCUCGUCCGCAAAAGUCAACCAGGCGGUAUGCCGUUCUAGCGUGCUUGGUCGAAAGCAAGAACGCUUGCGAAAACGCAUCAUGGCUGAGACCUUACGCCUCGCAGAUAGCCUCAAUCGCAAAGGCGCAAUGGCCAGGCCUUUCCCACAGGCAGUCGUCAAGGUCGAUGCGCACGCUGCUGCUCAAGUCGAGGCAGAGGCGCGUCAGCUUCAGCAGUCACAAGCGUCUAGUGAUGUCAAGCCAGGCGAUGCGGUUGUUGCAGGCUCGUCAUCCACCUCGCCCACAGUGCAUUACGGCAGUGGCGGCGAAGAGCGUCUUCGUCCGCCGCUCGUUUCAGACGACAGCCUCUGCUCGAUCCGAUCGGCGCUUGCAUCUGACCAGAUCCCUGUGCUUGCGCCCUACGCUCUCUUUGAGAACGAAAGGGACGGCACGCUCGAGACGCUUUGCGUGCGAGCUGACGACGUCAUGGUGGCGCUGGCUCGCGACAUGGUAGUAGCAGCUACACGGCCGUCGGAACAAGCGGUAGCAUCGGACGUUUCCGCUUCCGCUUCCGCUUCUGCCUCGGCAUCAUCAACCAGUGCCGAUGCACUGGCCGAACUCAUUGGCGGAGAGGUCGACAUGAUGCCUCUGCGACUCAUGGUCAUCAACCGCGAAGGCGGCAUCCCCUCGCAUGCACGUGGUGGCGAUCCUCACUUGUCCAUCAAUCUCGCCUCGGAGUAUCAUCAGAUCAAGCAGUCGUUUGUCUGGCACCAGACACAUCCAACUGCGCUUCGGAAUCUGGACGCCAUCUCAGACUGUCUCUCGUACAUGCCACAGACAUCCUCGGGUGUUCUCGUCACACAUCGGUCGCCUCGAUCGCUUAUCGCCAACCUGAUCACCAACAAGGCAGCACAUAGCCCUUCACUGCCACAUCGGCUCUUGGCCAACAAGCAGGACGUACGCCACACACCAACCAUCGUUCGGCCAGGUCUGCCUAUCAAAGUGAUCCAGGACUUUGACAAGCUCAACUUGGACAAGAUGUGUGCAUUGCUAGAAGCGUCGUUCCGACGCAAGCUCAAUCAGCAUGCUUACUACGAGAGGUUGCGCAAGUCGCUCGACUUUGCCAUUAUCACGGGUGAUUACCAGGGAGCGGCGAUUGUGACCAAGGAGUACGCGCCGGAUGACGAUCGUGCCAGCGUCGAGCCGAUUGCGUACCUGGACAAGUUUGCGGUGCUUCCGUCGCUGCAAGGCUCAGGUACGGUGGAUUUUCUGUGGGGAGCGCUGCGUGACGAAGUGCAGGGUCUGGGCCUGCUCGAUGCGCUCAAUGAUAAUGGAGGCAGGGGUGGUUACGGCACCGGUCGCGACUUGGUGUGGAAGUCGCGCUCCAACAAUCCGGUAAAUCGAUGGUACUACGAGCGUUCCAACGGAUUUGUGCGCAUCGAUACGGAUGCCAAGGGCACAGGCUGGCAGCUGUUCUGGUGCGAUGCCGAAGACAAGCUCGCGCGUCUUUCUGGCGAGCGCCGACUGUCGGCUUCGGCGUCCAACUUGCAAGAAGCCGCAGCUAUUGUGCACGACAAUAUCCAGCUGGCUUCGACAUUCGACCAAGAUACAGUGUCGCCGUAUGUGGAUCGAGGAUCUUGGGACAACUCGAGCUCGUCGGAUACAAACGGCAUCGAGGCAUACGAGCGCAGUCGACGCCUAUCCAAGCCCAAGUUCGACUCGCAUCUGCAUCGCGGCAGCAUCAGAAGUGGCAGUGCUCCCACCCAUCUCACUUUGCUCCCCAUCGUCGCUCCGGAAGAAGGCGGCAGACUGUUGCGUUGGGCAAAGUGUAUGAAGACCAUAAAAGGCGCUUGGGCCGACUAG